AUGCUGACGUUAAGAACGUUUCUGUACGUUUUCAGCGCAUGUGCAUCACUGUUCUUGAUUCUAAAUCAAAGUAUCUUACCUAAUGAUCAGCAAGAUUUAGAACGGAUUUUGGAAACAGGUAAAGAAAGUUCUUGCCAUUUUCUCUUUUGUAAAGAAAGUUCUUGCCGUUUUCUGUUUUGUAAAGAAAGUUCUCGCCAUUUUCUGUUUUGUAAAGAAAGUUCUUGCCAUUGUCUGUUUUGUAAAGAAAGUUCUUUUCAUUUAAAAUAAACAGUCAUUUUAGAUGAGCCCUACUUUGGUCAGAAUGGCUCCAUAACGACCAUAAAGCCGUUCGCUGGAGAAAGAGCUGAAUGUAGAUUACCUAAACUAGACCCAUGGGACCCUUCCAUUAAACACUUCCUCGAUUCAUCCAAAGAUCCGAGAAAGGACUGUAAACCCAAAUUUAAAGUUCAGAGUGUGGUAAAAGAUGGUGUUGUUAAUGUGGAUGGUGAAGAUUUAAAAAACCAAACGUGUUAUUAUAGGUAAGUGAAUCAGUUGAAGUAAAGGUAAGAUAGGUGUUUGAUUAGGGCAUUAGUGGGAAAGGGAAGGGCUUAGGUAGAAUGGUAGUGAAGGGUGGAGUGUGACAGGGUAGAGUACGGUAGGAUAGGGUCGAGUAGCGUAAGCUGGGCUCAGUAAGAGAAAGCAAGGCAGGGUAGAAUGACUAGGCUAGGGUAAGGCUAGCAAAAAAAAAGCAGGGUUUAGCUUACGGUAGGAUUUGUGUAUUACUAGAGUAUACCAGUAGUACUGUAAAUGCUUUAAAAGCUAAAGAAUAGCCUUAGCUUUGUCUUAGCAUUGCCUUAUACUUUGCGUUAGCCCUGCCACAGUCCUGUCGUAGCCUUAUUCCCGCCUUGCCUCAGUCUUGCUUUAACCCUGGUUUUAGAGGCCUGCUCUCGUCUUGCCCUAGCCCUGCUUUAUCCCUGCUCUAGCCUAGCUUUAUUCCUGACCUCGCUCUGUGCUAGACCUGUCCUACCUUCCCUGCUUCUGCCCUAGCUCCUUUUUUCCAGCUUACUUUACUCACUCCGUCCUCUUUUCUUAAACUUGCCCGUAUUUUACAAAUUUUAAAAGUUUUUUUAAAAUUAAAAAAUAAAUUUCAGAUGUUUAUACUCAGUAGAUGACAGAAGUCUAAAAUUCGGAGAAUGGGAAGUGAUUGACAGAGAAAAUGGCUCAAGACCAGGCUGUGACGUGUUCGACGUCCAAUGUGGAAAUCUAACUAAGCCUGUAUACAAGUUUUUACAUCAACAGAUUGUGGAAAAGUAAGCUUUUUAAUUUGAAAAAUUUUUGAAAUUAAAAAAAAAAUUUUUAAAUUUUUAAUUUUUUUGAAAUUUUCAAUUAUUUUUGAUAUUUUUUCAAAAUUUUUUAAAAUUUCAAUUUUUCAGAAAAGACGAAAAGCCCCCAGCCAACCCCCAAGCCGCCGAUAUCCACCUAAUAAUCGUAGAUUCGGUCAGUACCUCUCAAUUUAUCCGUUCCAUGCCUCAAACCGAAUAUUUCCUCCGCCAAGAGCUCGAGGCCAUCCAUUUCCCCUACCUAAACAAGGUCGGCCUAAACUCUCGGCCGAAUGCCUACGCCUUCUUCCUUGGCGAACGAGCCAUGAACCUGCCUGCCAAUCCCUGGGGCAAAUUUGUAGGCCAAGGAAGAGGUGGAUCAUUGUGUAAAAAGUCGUUGAAUACAGAGAAUUUCAUUGCGUUUGACUAUAAUAAUCAAGGGUAUCGGACGUUGAUGAAUGAGGACUGGGCUAUUGGGAUCUUCAACUGGCCAAACUGUCUUGGGUUCACGAAAAGCCCGGUGGACCACUUUUUGAAGUAGGUUUUGAAUUUUAAUUCUAGUCUUGCUCUAGUCCUGCUAUAUUACUGCUUUAGCCUUGGUCUGCCCUAACCUAACUCCGCCAUCUUCUUAGCCUUACUGUAGUUUUGCUCUAGCUCUGUCCAAGCUCUGCCCUAACUCUGCCGCGGUUCUGCCCUCGCACUGUCUUAGCCUUGCUCUAGCUUUGUCCUAGUUGAACCCUGUUAUGGUCUCACCUCUUCUCUGACUUUGCUCUAGCCUUUUCCUAGCUAGACAUGAGAAACGGACCGGGCCUGAAUGUUAGGCCAGGCCCGAUCGAAAUUUUGCUCAAAGCCGGCCCGUUUCUCAUGUCUAGUCCUAGCUCCGCUCUAGCCCUGCUCUAGCUGUCUUCUAGCUCUUCUCUAGUCUUGCCCUGCUCUGCCUUAACCUUACCCUGCUUUAGCCCUAGCCUUGCUUUAACCCUCCUUACCCAUGCCCUGGCUCUUUUAGCCUUGCCCUGGAUCUGCCUGAGUUUUGCCAUAGCCCUAGGUCACUUAGCCCUGUCCUAGCUUUUCCUUAGCCGUGUCAUAGCCCAAGGCUUAUUCUUGUCCUAGCCCUGCUAAAGCCUCGCCUUAGCCCAGCUCUAGCCUUGUUCUAGAUCUUACCUAAUGCUGGCCCUGUUCUAGCGUAACCUUGCCAACGUCUUAUACCUUUUCUGGCUUUGCUCUGGCCUUGUUCUAGCUCUGCCCAGGCAUUGUCCAAGCCUCUCCUAGCUUUACUCUUGUCUUGUCUUCUGACCUCACUCUAGCUUUGCCCUUAAAAAGUCAUCUUAACCUAAAAAAUCAGACCUACUUUUUAAUUGUCAAUUUUACGUUUCUAAUUUAAAAAAAUUAUUUUUUUAUUUUCAGGCCUUUUGCCCUUCGAGUCGACGGUUCCAAGAAGUAUAAAGACAAAGAAGUUCAACGUGCCGUCUACAAGGACACAUGUCAUGAAUCUCACGAUUACAUGUUGGAACUUCUAGAAGAAUUUGCUACAAAGUACCCAAAUGAACCAAAAUUCUCAAUCAAUUGGUUAACAAACAUUGCUCAUGAUGACAUGAAUGGCCUUUACCAUGUAGAUACCCAGAUGAAGGAGUUCUUCAAUCGAAUCAAGGACAAACUUCAGAAUUCGUUCUUGAUCUUCAUGGCUGAUCAUGGAGGUCGUACUGGGAAGGUCAGGAACACUCCAGUUGGAGAGAUCGAGGACCACAACCCUUUCUUUAUGAUCUCCGUACCUCAGAAGUUGAGGGGUAACAAAGACUUGAUGUAUCAGUUGAGUAAGAACUCGAAGGAACUGAUUACUCACUAUGAUUUGUAUGCUACUUUCUUGGAGUUGGCUACGGUAAGUUUUGAACAAAGUUUUUUGAUAAAGGGGGGGGAGGGUAGGGUAACGCAAAGUAGGGUAGGAUAAAAUAGAGUAGAAUAGUUUAGGGGGGUUGGACAGGAAACAAAAUUUAUAUAAAGUACUAAGCAGGGCAUGGUAGGAUAGAACAAAUUGGGCAGGGUGAGAAAAAUUACAUAGGGCAGGGCAAUACAAAUAAGAGCCAGUGUAGACCAAGAAAAAGAAUAAAAAUGGUAAAGCGGGGUAAAUCUUUUCAAUUUAAAAUAGGAAUAGGGCUAACGAUGUUUAUGGUAGGUUAUUUAUGACUACAGUAAUAGGGUAGGGAUCAUUUUAAUCAAGAAUUAGUCUUAGUAGGCUUGGGAUUAAGAAUUAGGGUAUGUCUACAGUAUUUUAAAAUCAAGGUAGGGUGUGGUUGGAUACGGUACGGUAAGGUAGUGUUGGGUCCGGUACAGUUAAGUAGGGCAGUGUACGGUAGGGUAUGGUAAGAUUAGGGUAGUGUAGGAUAGGGCAGGGCAGGGUGGGGUAGGGUAGUGUAAGGUAGGGUAGGGUAUGAUAGGGCAGGGCAGGGUGGGGUAGGGUAGUGUAAGGUAGGGUAGUUUAGAGUAGGGUAGGUUAGGGUAGGGUAGCGUAAGGUCGGGUAAGGUAGGGCAGGGCAGGGUGGGGUAAGGUAGUGUAGGGUAAGGUAGGGUAGUUUACAUAGAGUAGGGUAGGGUAGAGUAAAAUUAAAAAAAAAUGAUUUUGCUUUUCAAACCAAAUUUUUAAUUUUUUUAAUUUCAGCAAAACCACAAAUGGACGAACUCAACCUCAUUCAGCGACGAAAAGUUCUCUCCAUCAAAUCGACCCCUCAAAGGUUCCUCCUUAUUCCACAAACUCAAGUCUCCUCGAGAUUGUGGCUCUCUACUAAUCCCAUUCGACUAUUGUCUAUGUCAACAUGAGAGGAAACAAGUUUCGAAGCCGGAGCUAAUAAAAGAAGCCGGUAAAUUGAUGGUGGACAAGAUGAAUAAAGAUGUCAGAGCUUCAAAAUAUUCUGGAAUGUGUGCUCCAUUAACGUUGGAUGAAGGAUUUAAUGCUACAGUACAGGAAUUUGAGCCGGUUGGCAAUAAUGAAGUACCGUAUUUAGUCAAGAUUAGGGUACAGCCGAGUGGAGGGCUUUACGAGAGCUAUGUUAUGGUAAGGUAUUGUUGGUGGGGGAGGGGUAGGGAAGACCUUGGAGGCUUGGUGUUUACUGUAGGUAUGGGGGUUGAUUUUUAAAGCAGGGCAUGUAGGGAAGAGAUGUUUAAAUUCAGGCUGGGGUCUUUGGGAAGCCAGGGACAAAAGCUGGAGUAGAACUUACAGUAGAGGCUUUAGUAGGAAUUACUGUAGAGCGAUUUAAGAAGGCAUGAUAGGGGUUUUAGUAGGUCACUUGGCAAGGAUUACGGUAUCGUUUGGGGGUGCUUUAGGUUGUCUUAUAACAAAGGUAAGGGUAGUAGUAGGAGUGGAACCACAGGUAGUAGUAGAGGUAGGGGUAGAGUUAUGGAUAGUAGUAAGGGUACGAGCCGCGAUAAAGAUAGAAAUAAGGGUAGUAGUAAGGGUAAAGGUAGGGGUAGACUUAAGGGUAGUAGUAGCUGAAAGGGUAGUAGUAAGAGCAGGGGUAGGGGUACUAGUAGGGGUAGAGAUAAGAGUAGUAGUAAGGGUAGGGGUAUGGAUAGGAGUACGGGUACUGGUAGGUGUAGAAGUUGAAGUUCGGGUUGAUUUUAUAUAUGAAGAGGGGUAGUAAAUUGUAUUAGGGACGUUGUUGAGAAAAAAAUUUAAGCCCAAGAUUUUGAAAUUUCAGGUAAAGAACGGUACGAUAGAAAUGGUAGCUGACGAAUACCCACGAAUCGAUAUGUACAAAGAGCAAACCAAAUGCAUUCCAGAAAACUUUAUUCGAAAUUACUGUUACUGUAACGAUUUGUUGAAGAAAAAACACAAAAAACGUCAUUUACAGAAGGCUUAA